CAAGAGCGUCAAAACGCACCAGGACUAGGAGGAGAGCUCUUCGCUUGGGAAAAAUUAAAUAGAAUAAAAUAACACGGGAAACAUCCGUUAAAAUGACAGCAGAAGGAGGAUAAUGACAGUCCCUAUCGCUGCUCAGGAAGGUAAAUUCCGAAUAAUAUAUAAGCAGUGUUCAGACUACACGGAUAUUUGGAGUACAUAGGCUGCAAGCCCGACAGCAAGUGAAGACCCCGAGACGGCCAAACAUUGCCCCGGCUUUUCAUUCUCAGUAAGGCAUGGGGGGAGUUACACCUCGACACGGCAGCACUGGCUAGAAGAUCUGACAAGCGCACAGAGGACAGUGACUAAGGACCUUGCUGCGAGAGGACCUUCAUAACUGUGACUCUUUCUCAUCAUUUUUGAGCUUGUGGGCUCCAAUAUCACAGCUGAUGACUGUCCCUCAGGAGGUUGGAGUACAAGGCUUAACAGCAAGCCUGUGUGUUUGCUGAGGGGGGCGUGCCCCAGCUUGUAUGUUGGUCAUCUGCACUUGCUCUUGCUCACAGGGACCAUGUGGUUUUCUCCAAGGAGAAAUUGUUUCCCUUUCCAGAACUGGCAUGGUGCCUACAAAUACACAAAUUUCUGUGUGUCUUUAUGGGUUUUAAGUUUUUGUUGGUGCUUUUCGGGCGUGAGAGGUCAGAACUACCACCCCACUGUGAACACGCAGUACGGGAAACUCCGAGGGGUGAGGGUGCCACUGCCUAGUGAGAUUCUGGGACCGGUCGACCAAUAUCUGGGGGUCCCGUAUGCUGCCUCCCCCGUGGGAGAAAAACGUUUCAUGCCCCCUGAGCCUCCUUCUUCCUGGUCAGGAAUCAAAAAUGCCACCCACUUUGCUCCUGUCUGCCCUCAAAACAUUCACAAUGCUGUGCCAGAGAUCAUGAUGCCAAUAUGGUUCACUUUCAACCUGGAUAUAGUUACCACAUAUAUACAAGAUCAACAUGAGGAUUGUCUUUACCUAAACAUCUAUGUUCCGACAGAGGAUGUCAAAAGAAUAUCCAAGGAAUGUGCGAGGAAACCCAACAAGAAAAUAUGUAGAAAAGGAGGCGCCCAUGCAAAAAAACAGGGCGAGGAUUUAGCGGAUAACGACGGUGAUGAAGACGAAGACAUACGAGAUACUGGGGCCAAACCUGUGAUGGUCUACAUCCAUGGAGGGUCCUACAUGGAGGGGACAGGCAACAUGAUUGAUGGAAGCGUCCUGGCCAGCUAUGGAAAUGUCAUCGUUAUCACUCUUAACUAUCGUGUUGGAGUACUCGGCUUCCUCAGUACAGGUGACCAGGCUGCUAAAGGGAACUAUGGGCUCCUGGACCAGAUCCAGGCCUUAAGGUGGAUCAGUGAGAACAUUGGAUUCUUUGGAGGAGAUUCCAACCGCAUCACUGUAUUCGGUUCUGGAAUUGGAGCGUCCUGUGUCAGUUUGCUGACCCUCUCCCACCACUCUGAAGGUCUGUUUCACAGAGCCAUCAUUCAGAGUGGGUCAGCCCUCUCUAGCUGGGCCGUGAACUACCAGCCGGUCAAAUAUACACGUCUCCUGGCAGAGAAGGUGGGCUGUAAUGUCCUGGACACAUCAGACAUGGUGGACUGUCUGAGGAAGAAGAACUCCAGGGAGCUGGUGGAGCAGGACAUUCAGCCAGCAAGAUACCAUGUGGCCUUUGGACCUGUAAUUGAUGGCGAUGUUAUUCCAGAUGACCCUGAGAUUCUAAUGGAGCAGGGCGAGUUCCUGAACUAUGAUAUCAUGCUGGGGGUCAACCAGGGCGAGGGGCUACGGUUUGUGGAGAACGUGGUGGAUUCAGAGGACGGCGUGUCUGGAAAUGACUUUGAUUUCUCUGUAUCUGAUUUUGUGGACAGUCUGUACGGGUACCCAGAAGGAAAGGACACACUGAGGGAGACCAUUAAGUUUAUGUACACAGACUGGGCAGAUAGGGACAAUCCAGAGACCAGGCGGAAGACACUGGUGGCUCUCUUUACCGACCAUCAGUGGGUGGAGCCAUCAGUGGUGACGGCUGACCUCCAUGCUCGCUAUGGCUCGCCAACCUACUUUUACGCCUUUUAUCACCACUGCCAGAGCAUGAUGAAGCCUGCGUGGUCAGACGCCGCCCAUGGCGAUGAGGUGCCCUAUGUCUUUGGAAUUCCUAUGAUCGGUCCCACUGACCUUUUCCCCUGCAACUUCUCCAAGAACGAUGUCAUGCUCAGUGCUGUGGUCAUGACCUACUGGACCAACUUUGCAAAGACUGGGGAUCCCAACAAACCAGUUCCACAAGACACCAAGUUCAUCCACACCAAGGCCAACCGUUUUGAGGAGGUGGCCUGGUCCAAGUACAACCCACAAGACCAGCUGUAUCUGCAUAUCGGCCUGAAGCCACGUGUGCGCGACCACUAUCGUGCCACUAAAGUGGCCUUCUGGAAACACUUAGUGCCCCACCUUUACAACCUCCAUGACAUGUUCCACUACACAUCCACCACCACCAAAGUGCCACCCCCAGAGACCACGCAGAACACCUUGUCCACCAAGAGGCCCAAUGGGAAAAACUGGCCAUUCAACACAAAACGACCCUCUAUGUCGCCGGCCUAUAACAGUGAGGAUAAAAGCUCUUGGAGUGAUGAUGAAGAGACAGGGCCUCUUGUCGAGGAUAACCCGCGGGACUACUCUACAGAGCUCAGUGUCACCAUCGCAGUGGGAGCCUCACUGCUGUUUCUCAAUGUCCUGGCGUUCGCAGCGCUCUACUACCGCAAGGACAAGCGGCGGCAGGACUCCGGCCACGGGCAACCCAGCCCGCAGCGCCAGACCACCUCCAACGACAUUGGCCACCACGCGCCGGAGGAGGAGAUCAUGUCGCUGCAGAUGAACCAGACGCACCAUGAGUGUGAGGCGGGGAACAGCAAUGAAGGGGCACUACGCUUGGCCUCACUGCCUGACUACACUCUCACUCUGAGGCGCUCUCCGGACGACAUCCCCCUCAUGACCCCUAACACCAUCACCAUGAUCCCCAAUUCUCUGGUGGGCAUGCCCAACCUGCACCCAUACAACACCUUCACAACUGGCUUCAACUCCACCGGCCUGCCGCACUCCCACUCAACCACCCGCGUAUAGCUUUAAGGAGGCCAGGGGGCAGCCAGCGCAGGCGGGGGAGGAGGCGGCGGAGGAGCAUGAGGAUAAACGAAUG